AUGCAUGACUAUGUACUCUGUAUCAAAGAUGCACCCUAUUUAAAGGUGCCGUCAGCUCCAGUAGAUGAUGAGAAUUACUCGAAGUGGUCGAUUUGCAAGUUCCAUCCCGAAUUGCUACUGUGCAAGUGGGAUCCGAUCAAGAAGGUCGCUAUCCCGGCAAUCGAAUAUCAACCGCAUUCCUCUUCAGCAGUCGAGAAUUCCGCUGAUACCGACCAAGCCGACUUUUCUGCCAUCGAUCUAUCCCAGGCAACAGCUUUUAUGACGUUUUCGAGUAGCAUAAAGGAACCGUUCAAAGUCAAAGAAAGUCCGAUCUUACGAGGAGCAAAGACCGACAAUCGACCUUUCCAUCCGCGUACAAAUGGCCUGGUCGGAACAGAGAGGUUGAACGAGGAUAACCAUAUCCCCGAAUACACGAAACAGAGUCAACCUCCUCGCUACGAUGGUAAAUUGAGCGUUGAAAAUGAUCUGGAUGUGAGCUAUGGAAGAAAACCGGUUGCUUCACCAGAAGUGGACGAGUUCGACGAGAACAUCCUGAUGGUUAACGAUAACGUUUUCGGAGGAUAA